UCAGAUCCGACCCGAUAAAGGUAGCAGAGUUAGCGUCGCAUCGUAGUCUCCUUCGGUUCCCGACGAAUCGCUGCUUCUCUCUCUCUCUCCGUCGCUGAAAAAUGUCGGCGAGACCUGAAGGAAGUCCGCCGGAGGUUACGCUCGAGACCUCCAUGGGUCCUUUCACCGUCGAGAUGUAUUAUAAACACUCCCCGAGAACUUGCCGGAACUUCGUUGAACUAUCCCGGAGAGGUUACUAUGACAACGUUCUAUUUCACAGAAUCGUCAAGGAUUUCAUCGUGCAAGGUGGGGAUCCUACAGGAACUGGAAGAGGUGGUGAAUCCAUUUAUGGUUCGAAGUUUGAGGAUGAGAUAACCAAAGAGUUGAAGCACACAGGAGCUGGAAUUUUAUCAAUGGCAAACGCUGGUCCUAAUACAAACGGGAGUCAAUUCUUUAUUACUUUAGCGCCACAACCGUCCUUGGAUGGAAAGCACACAAUAUUUGGCAGAGUGUGCCGUGGUAUGGAGGUGAUCAAGAGGCUCGGUAGUGUCCAAACCGAUAACACCGACAGGCCAAUCCAUGAAGUGAAGAUUCUGAGGACUAAAGUGAUCGAUUGAUUGGGGCAGAGAAGUUUUUGUUAAGGAGAAGAAGCAUUAGUAUGGCAUGAAGAACUAUUGUAGACUGGUUUUGACUCUACUUUGAUUAAAAAAAACAACGAUUU